AUGGCUUCUCCACCGAAAGAGACUCGAAAGGUACUGGAAGGUGUCUUUGCAAUCAACAAACCGCAAUGGGCCUCCUCCGCCGGUGUGCUCCGCGACUUACAAACCCACUUCCAGCCCUCCUCCGUAUUCACUCCCUGGCUCGACCAUGAACGCCAGCACAUGACACUGUCCGGGUCUCGCAAAAACAAGAUAGAUAAACUGAAAGUCAAGCUUGGCCACGGCGGGACACUCGAUCCCCUCGCUACCGGCGUGUUAAUCGUGGGUGUUGGAAAGGGAACAAAAUGCCUAUCAAGAUUCCUAGAAUGCACGAAGAGCUAUGAGACUGUGGUGCUAUUUGGCGCGGCAACGGACAGCUACGAUGCUGUGGGAAAAGUGGUCAGCAAGGCGCCGUACGAGCAUGUGACGAAGGAGCUGGUGGAGGAGAAGCUGGCACAGUUUCGAGGAAAGAUCAUGCAAAAGCCAAGUGUAUUCUCGGCACUCAAAGUCGACGGAAAGAAGAUGUACGAAUACGCAAGAGAGGGCAAGGAGAUUCCCGAAGUGCAAGCCAGGCCAGUCGAAGUGACCGAAUUGGAAUUGGUGGAAUGGUUGGAACCCGGUACGCACGAAUAUAUCUGGCCCAAGGAAGAAAUCGAAGGGGAAGAGAAAGCUGGUGCAGAGAAACUUCUGGGCGUGAGGAGUCAAGACAGGAACAAAACCAACACCCACGAGCGACGAGGGACAAAACGAGACCGGGCAUCAGCCGAUGACGAACUGAUAACAGACUCCGACUCGCACCCCAAGAAACCCAAGACAGAAGACGAACCAGCAAUGUCAGGCGGUCUACCUGUCGAAGAAUCCAACCCAGAACCCUCUCUCCCAACCCCCGCGCCCGAAAAUGUCGAAACCGCACCCACAAAUCCCAUUGAAACAGCCCAAGAACCAGAACAGCUUCCCUCAACCGCCGCGGAACCCAUCACCGAAUCUACCACCGGAACUACCACUGAACCCACCACUGAACCCACCACUGAACCCACCACUGAACCCGUCACUGAACCUACACAAGAACAACCCUCAUCACCGCAACCCCAACCGCCAGCAGCACGCCUCCGCAUGACCGUAACCUCCGGCUUCUACGUCCGCUCCCUGUGCCACGACCUCGGCCUCGCCUGCUCCUCCCUCGCCCACAUGACUUCCCUGAUCCGCACCCGCCAAGGCGACUACAGCCUCGCCGCUGGCAACGUCCUCGAGUACUCCGAGCUCGAGACGCCGGAGGUCUGGGAGCCCAAGGUUAAGCAGUACCUCGAGGAGUUCAUGGAGAAGGAGGGGUGGAAGGCAGAGGAGGUCGAGGACGAGGAGACGUGGAAGAAGAAUAUGGAGGAGAGGAAGAGUGAGAGAAGGGAGGGGGAUAGGGAGGGAAGUUGGAGGGGGAAGAGGGGCGGAGGUGGUGGUGGUGGUGGUGGGGGUGGGAAUUGGGGGAAGAGGAGGUGGAAUGGGAAUAGACGGUAG